AUGGCCGCCACAGCCUCCGCUCACUCCAACCUCGUAACCCUCCACACCCACCUGCACACCCUCCUCAUCAAACUAUCUCUCUCGCUCCACCUCAGCUCCCCAUCCCCAUCCCCAUUCCCUCCCCCACCACACAACCCGCACCCGCACCAGCGACAUUCGCAGCAUCUCCGCGCCCCCACCUCACACUCACACUCACACUCACAUCGACUAUCCACCAUCAACAACCCUUCCACCUCCACCUCCACCUACACCUACAAAAACAAUCCCAACGACCCCCUCGAAGUGCUCUACACGUUAUCUCCCCCCGCCUUCCACUACUUGCCCCGCAGCACACUCUUACCUCCUCAAAUCGUUCUGCAGGGAUUCAUGGAAACGUCUGAGAAUGAUCCGCCGUUGUUGGAGGGCAGACGUAUGCAAAUUAUGGUUAUACCGCGCGGCGUACGGAGAAUUGUGGUGCAUUUUUUGGUGUAUGAUCCGGUGAGGAGGGGGGUUGGUGGUGGUGCGGUGGAUGGGCUGGGUGAGCUUGGUUAUGGGAAUGGAAAUGGAAAAGCGAAAGGAAAAGGAAAAGGAAAAUUACGCAAGAAAGAUAGUAUCAACGCAUUGCGAAGAGGAAACUCGAAAAUAAGAGAUCAUACCACAGAUCAUAGAUCCACGAGCAGACUUUCGAAUACGAGUCCUAAUCCUAACACAAACGCAAAUGCAAACUCGGACAUGAAUCUCAACUCGAAUGAUGACGGCAUGGAAAUAGAAGUAAUGGGGAAAGCAGCGGCGUCGGUGUCGAGGAUGCAAGAGGAGAGGGAAGAGGAUGAGUUGGGUGAAUACGUGGUUAUGAAGCGUGUGGUUACGUUGCCUAGGAGGGUUUGGUGUGGGAGGAAUUGCAAGGAUAAAUUCGAACAGCUAUUUAUUAGGAGAACUUAA